AUAACGAGAAAGAGCCUGAAAUGCAGAUUGGGUAUCCUACAGAUGUAAAGCAUGUUGCCCAUAUAGGAUGGGAUGGCCCCUCAGUGAAUUCGCCAAGCUGGAUGAACGAGUUUAAAGCAGCACCUGGAUUUUCAUCAGCUCCUUUGAAUGGCAAUGGAGAUGCCAACGACGAAAUAAAAUGGGUUUCUGAAGAUUCUGCAAAUCGAAGAAAUUCCAGGAGGGCAUCAGAUGCUUCAUCCAGGGACUUGCCAGAAUUGCCAAAAUCAUCAAGAAGGCAUUCAAGGCAUGCAUCAACAGGUGGAGCAGGUGACUUUCCAAGUACGGAAAAAUCAGAUAAGCCUAAACAAUCAAGGCGGUCUUCAAGAAAUGCAAACAAGGAGUUGGCUGAUGGGAAACCAACCCGGCACAAGGAUUCAAGCCAAGGCGGCGGCGAAUCAUUAUCGAAUACUGAUGCACCCAAAAAGUCUCGGAGAAAGAAAUCAAAAGACGGUUCUGUUGGUGGCUCAACGUCCAAGUCCUCCCGAUCCAAAGCACAAGCUUCAGAUGUGGAUUGUGGAUCUGAAUCUGGAUCAGCAUCCAAAUCUCUAAACAUUGAUCACUGCGAUUCUGCUUCAUCUUUCAGUGCUUUUGAUGAAGAUGCAGAAAAUCGAUAUAAUACUGACAUAUCUUGAGAAGUUGGUGUGUUUUAUUUUUUUGUUUUCUUUUUGCUUAAUUCUUAUACCAGUUGUUAGAAUCUUUUAGUUGAACCCAAGAGAGUUCACAAAAAUUUUUCCCUUGUUUUUUCUUCCCUCUUCAUGGAACAUUUGAAUGAUCCUUCUAUGGCACAUACCACCUGGCAGCACCUGCGGUACCGAAUCAUUUUUUUUCUGUAAAGAAGAGUAUUAUAUGAUUAAUCUCACCAUAUUUCAGCUUAGAAAGUACUGAUUAUUUGAUCAUCAUCAUAGAAAAUUAUAUUACUCAUAUUUCCAUCUCUAUCACGCUUCCAAAGAAAUGCAACUAUCACUGGAUGCUUAGUUUUGAUAAUGGCAAGAUAAUUGCAUAUCUUGGGACCCAAGCCUACCAGACCCGGUCAUUGAACUGCUUGUGUGGUUGUGUCCAAAUCAGUACUAGAGGGAUUUGAUGAUUUCUUGCCGUCUCAGUCACAAACUAGACAUGCCCAAUUCCUUAUU